UCACCAGACCGCGAGAUGAGGAGAAAUGGCAAAAGACAACAAAGCUGAGGAGGAAUUUCACACAGUUUUCAGCAGAAACGAUUCUCUGGAGCUUUCUGCACAGCACGACCAUGACACCGCACAGGCUCGGACCUUUAAGAUCAUCGUGAUCGGAGACUCCAACGUGGGGAAGACGUGUCUGACGUACCGGUUCUGCGGAGGCACCUUCCUGAAAAACCCCGAGGCGACGAUCGGGGUCGAUUUCAGAGAGAGGUCGGUGGAGCUGGAUGGAGAGAGUGUCAAGUUGCAGAUCUGGGACACGGCAGGUCAGGAGCGUUUCAGGAAGAGCAUGGUGGAGCACUACUACCGCAACGUCCACGCUGUCAUCUUUGUGUACGACGUGACCAGCCUCCCGUCCUUCGACAGCAUCCCCGAGUGGAUUGAGGAAUGCAGCCGGCACUGCGUGGGGCCCCUGGUGCCGCGCAUCAUGGUGGGAAACAAGUGUGAUCUGAGGGAGUGCAGGGAGGUCCCCACGGCGGCCGCCCAGUGUCUCGCUGACAGAUACAACUUCCCGUUGUUUGAGACCUCGGCCAAAGACCCUGCUGAGAAGGAGCACGUCGAUGCCAUCUUUCUGACGAUCGCUUAUAGGCUGAAGAGUCACAAGCCUCUGAGACUGAAGCAGCUGCGUGAGGGCGGUGUGAGUAAUCUGUGGAACCCGAGAGAGCAGGAAGAAGCAGCUUGUCAAUGCUAAGGUCAACUCCAUCUUAUAUGGACUUUUAUGACGGUCACCCCGGCCGUCUGGAACAAUCACGAGGCUGAGAAACGCAGCGAUGAGUUGAGCUUUCAAACGUUGAAAUGUCUGAAAGAACAAAAGCUUCUUAUAAUUUUUGCACUUUCCCCUUCCUACUGUAAGGCACAGCUUGUGACAGUAUGGGUAACAAUGUAUAUCUAAGUUUGCACAACAUUGAAUCAACAUUUCAAUGAAAUGCACAAAUCGAUUUGGAGUUAUGACGAGUAUGUGUUUAUCAAAUUUUACAUGCAAUCAUUCACAGCAUUGCAGAGUACAUUUUAUUAUGCACAUGAAUUAUAUGCAAUCAGCCGUCUAGUAGCACUACAACUAUCAGAAUCCAAAGUAGACAGUAAGGAAAGGGAAAACCAGAUUUCCCUGUGCAUAAAGGGACCAGUGAGAUAAACUGUGAAGUAACCAUUCUCUAUAAUUGUUUUACAGUGACAUGCAAUUCCUAAAACUGUAAGUUUUGGUGCUGUUAUUACAUGUUCAUCUCUCAAAUUACCAGCUUUAUGACGUCAGGACUAUCCAUAUUUGACCGGUACUUUCAUGCAUGUGUUCAAUAAUGCAAAUGUUUAACAGCGGGACGAAGAAUUGGAACAAUAUAAAGCUGCAAAUUAAUAAAAGUGAUUUGAAAAGUAGCACGAUUUUCAAUUGGAUUGAGCAAAUGUUGCAUGUUUCAGUCUUGUUUUCAGAUUUUUAAUCGAUAUGAGAACUUAAACAUAUGGGCAGGUGGGCCCUGAGAGGUCAUCAGAAAAUGCAGAAAUAAAAGUUUAAGAUUUGUAAGUAAGCAUUAAAUUACCACAAAAAUUUACUAAAUAUAGACAACAUUUGUCAAAUACUCUGAGAGAAUAUCAGUCAGCCACGUGGCAACAUCACCCCACUCAUUGGGUGAGUUACAAGUGACACUGUCACUUUAGGUCUCAGGCUGGAGGAAUGUUGUCUAGACAUAAAAUCAUAUACAAACUUCAAAUUAUUUUAUGUGUUUUUUUCAUCUAGAUGAAUUGGCUGUGGCCUUAAAAAUGUAAUGUGGUGGUGGGACUGUGAUUUAUCUUAAAAUUAAUAAAUUUCCUUUAUGCGCUUAA